AUGGUGCUGACGGAUGCUGGCUUUUCAAAAAAAAAAAUUGCGGUGGUUUCCUCGGAUUUUCCUCUCCUGAACCAACCCUACGCAACUUCUGCGAAUUUUUACACCUAUGUUGCAAUCGAUCCUGGCCUUACAAAAAAAUCCUUCCUUGGAUUUUUCUCUCCUGAACCAACCAACCCUACGCAACUUUUGCGAAUCUUCAGAACAAACACCUAUCCUGAACAACAUAUCAAUGGGUGA